AGAAGCCUUUGCAGGACAUCCUUCCUCCCCCGCGGGGUGGGCGCGCGCGCGCGCGCACAACCCCCACCCCAAACGCGUGCGCGCCAAAGCGCGCAGCGGAGAGGGGCUCUCUGGAGGCGCGGCGGCGGUGCGCGCUGCAAGGUGACAGCCGCCUCGCCCUCCCGCUUCGAGCGACCCGCUUAAUCAGUGCCUGGCCACGCGCGCUCCCUCCGCGCACAACCUGCCGCAAGAACAGCGCGCGGGCACGCGCGGCGCAGGGGCUGGCGCUCGCGCGCGAAGGUGCCCACGGCCCCCCACGGCUAUUGUGUGACAAAAGGGCCUCUGCCCGGGCUGAGGGCCGUUUCUUCUCCAUGGAACUGGUGUCAGACGACGUGCCCUGCUUGAGGCUCACACAGCACUCUUCAUCAGACCGCACGGAAAAAGGAAACUUCCUUUCUGAUGACUACAUGCUUUUCCCCGUCCUGGGACUUGCCCGUGUUUCCAGAUGCCUGGUUGCUGUGUGCUAGCACCCACCUCUGCGCGGAGUCAUCCUGCCCUGGUGCUGGAGGCCACCUAGACACCCACCUGGAGUAUCUGCUUUUAAAGAAAUUCGGAAGCUCCUCCCUAUGGGUGGGGCACUGACCUCUCCCGCCCGCAAAACCGCAAGCCUCAGGUGCUGACGACUGGGUUGGUGGGAAGCACAGAAGGCGGAGCUUAUUUUCCCUGCAAGCAGCCAACCGGAGACCUGGGUGGGAUCCGGACUCCCGUGUGGUCCUUUGGGUUGCCAGGGCAGCCUCGGAGAGGGAUCCGUGCCUGGGGGCGAUGCAGUCGGACGACCUUUUUGUCCGCAAGAUCCGACGGCACUCGAACCGCCCGCCUCUCACCUCGCUCUCUUUCGAAGCCUUCCGGGCUACCAAGGCCCCGGCGGGUGAAGGCCCCCUUGUGGGGCACUGUGCCCCUCCAUUGAGGUCCCCGCGGUGCAGCUAUCUCAUGCAUCGGAGCAACAGCGACGUGACGCUGAGCGAAGGGGAGCUGGAUGCGGCCACCCCCGGCUCCCCUAUGCCGCCGGCUCCGGGAACUACUGCGGGGCCUCACCGUAAUGUCAGUGGGCCAAGUUCAUCCGUGAAGGGCGUGGUGCCUCCCCGGGCCCGGGCCCACAGCCACGAAGAGCCACGGGCUGGCAGCCCCACGGCACGCCGCUUCCGUGACCCCCUGCUCCUUCUCGGACUGGCGGACAAAGAAGUGUGGGAGUCUGAGGCAGACGGCAGCCUUGCCACGGAUGGGGGCAGCCCCCGGCCUGGGGCCGCUGAAGCACCCACGCCAGUGUGGGGCCGCCAUUUGGCCCACUACGACGUACAGAGCAUCCUCUUUGAGCCCGGGGAGGUAGCCAGAGACUCUGAGAAGCAGGGCAACGUCAGCACAGGAGCCUCCGCUGCCUCACAGCCCCGCCUGGCGGGCACGGGACCCCCCUUCGAGGGCGAGGCGGGCGAGGACAAGGACGGGCCCCUGGUGCUCAGCUGCCCCUACUUUCGGGUGGAAGCCGGAGGCGAGGCGGAGUGGGGGCUGGGCCAGCACCGGAGGUCCCUGGGGGGCUUCCACUGCCCCAACAUGGCUGUUUCCGUGCUGGAGGAACCCCGCGAGAGCUACGGGCAGAGGAUGAGCCGGGCGGGCCACGCCAUCGAAUACGCCGACCUGGGAGCCUGCUACUAUCGGAAGCAUUUCUACGGCAAGGAGCACCAGAAUUUCUUCGGGGUGGACGACCAGCUGGGCGCCGUGGCGGUGUCCCUGCGGCGUGAGGAGAAGGAGGGCAGCACUGGGCCCCAGUACAACUACCGCCUGAUCAUACGCACAAGCCAGCUCCGGACUCUGCGGGGAUCCAUCCUGGAGGAGGUGCUUCCCCUGGCCACCCGCCACUCCGCCCCCCGGGGAGUGCCUCCCAAGAAGCUGCUGGAGCACGUGAUGCCGGAGCUGAGCCUGCAGUGUCUCCGCUUGGCCUCCAAUUCCCCAAAGGUGCCGGAGACCCUCCUCAAGUUGGAUGAACAGGGCCUCAGCUUCCAGCGGAAAGUCGGGGUGCUGUACUGCCUGGCUGGGCAGGGUUCGGAAGAGGAGAUGUACAACAACGAGGCCGCCGGGCCUGCCUUCCAAGAGUUCCUGCAGCUGCUGGGGGACUGCGUUCGCCUGCGGGGCUUCGACAAGUACCGUGCCCAGCUGGACACCAAGACUGAUUCCACGGGGACCCACUCUCUCUACACCACAUAUCAGGACUAUGAGAUCAUGUUCCAUGUCUCCACCAUGCUGCCGUACACCCCCAACAAUCGCCAGCAGCUGCUGCGGAAACGCCACAUCGGGAACGACAUCGUGACCAUCGUCUUCCAGGAGCUGGGGGCCCUCCCUUUCACCCCCCGGGUGAUCCGCUCACACUUCCAGCACGUCUUCAUUGUGGUGCGGGCUCAGGAGCCUUGCACAGAGCAUACCACCUACAGCGUGGCCGUCAGCUGCACCAAAGACAUCCCGCCUUUCGGGCCCUUCAUCCCGGCCGAGAACUCCUUUGCCAAGGGCCCGACCUUCCGAGACUUCCUCCUCGCCAAAGCCAUCAACGCCGAAAACGCCGCCGAGCGCUCGGGCAAGUUCCACGCCAUGGCCACCCGCACGCGGCAGGAAUACCUGCGGGACCUGGCCCUCCACUACUCCUCCACCAGCACCCUGGAGGCCUCUUCCUCCCGCCUGGCCCUCAUCGCCCUGGCCGCCAAGAAGCGCGAGAAGGUCAAGGCCGCCAAGGGGGCCGAGGCGCACAGCGCCGGGGCGUUGGUGUGGGGUGUGUGGGCGCGGGAUGGCAGCAAAGGGUCCGAGAGCAAGGGCACUGGUGAGCUCCGGUGCCUGCUGGGCAUCUCGGCGGAGUUUCUAGUCCUCAUUGAGGCCCGGGAGAAGAGGGUGGUCUUCAGCUGCUCCUGCCGGGACAUCCUGGCUUGGACUUUCUCGGAGAGCUGCACUCUGGACCUCUACUACGAGACGGGGGACUACAUUUGCAUGCGCGUGGACGAGGGGCAGGCCUCGGACAUCCGGGAUAUCGUCCACCGGCUGCAGUUGGUGACUCGGGGGUGCGAGACACGGGAGCUGACGCUCUUGCGGAACGGCGUGGGGCAGCUGGGCUUCCAGAUGGACCCCGAGGGCUUCGUGACGGAGGUGGAGCGCUUUACCUUCGCCGAGAAGGCCGGCCUUCAGCCGGGGGCCCGCCUGGUGCGUGUCUGCGAGAGGCCCCUGCCCAGCCUCACCCACGCCCAGACCACAGAAUUGCUGCGCACGGCCAAGAAAGUCACCAUCACGGUCGUCCCCCCGGAUGAGAACGGGAAGCCCAGGAGGAGUUUCUCGGAGCUGUACCAGAAGUCUUUGCAAGAGAAGCGGAGGAGUGAGCCACCAGCCGGAGACUCGGAGCUGACCAGGACGGGGAGCGAAAUUGUGCUGAAACCGGCCACGCUCCAGCUGCUGCACUCACUGUCCCUGCCGGAGGGGCCCCCUCACAGCCUGGCAGAGGAGAGGACGGAGUUUCUGCGGAGUCACGACGACAGAGAGCCCACAGCGCCAACCUCGGUCCCAUCUCAGGACAUCCCUGCCCUGCCUAAUCCUCCUGAUCUCAUCUUGGCUGCCACGCCCAAGGUCCCUCCUGACCACGGUCCGGACUACGUUGGAGAUCCUGUGGGGAUCAAGAAGGGUCCCAUUGUGGGCCAAGAGGUCAAGGGGCCUUCCCUUCAGCCUUCUGGGGAGAGGACCCCUCUGCCCCCCGCAGAGUCCAGUGAAAGUGAGAAGUUCCUGCCCCGGACCCUUUCUCUACGCAACUCCAUCACCAAAAUCCUCUCUGAAGCCAGCGAGUCCCUGGAGGACGAGUGGGAGUCCAUUGCCAACUUGGCUUCUGCUUGCAACAGCAUCCUGGAAGCCCUCUCCAGGGAAGGUCAGCAUGUGGUGGAGAGCAGAGAAUCCUUGUGCGCUGCCGCCCAGAGGGGCCCGAGUCCACCGCAGCCCACUGAGGAGUCCCAGCGUGCGCUCAGCCUCGCAGACAAGGUCUUGCAUUUGGAAUCCACACUCAAGCAGCUACAGGAAGACCUUCAAAGGGAAAAGGCCGAGAAGGCGGCUUUGCAGGCAGAAGUCCAGAGUCUUCAGCAGAACACACUGCGCCUGAAAGAGGCCUCGGAGACCGCCGCGGCCCAACUCAACCAGGUCACGCAGAUGCUGGGGGGGCCCCCGACACCCCCCCACUGCUCCUGAGGCCUGAAGACCCGCCCGCCCCUUUUCUCCCGAGGAGGGGGUGCCUGGCUCUCUCUCUCCCCGAAUUUAGUUGGGGCCCAACAGAGACUUGGAGAGACUGUACAGCUCCUAACACCUGACCUCUUUGUUGUUGCCAUUCCCCACCGUCCGUCCCCCCCAGUGCUCAGGACAGCCCCCCCACAUUGGCCUGGUCAGCUCUUGCUGGGGCAUCUGAUCAGCUCUUGCCAGUGUUUGUGGGGUGGGUCUGUCUCUCCACAAGCUUCGGGUCCAGAAGGGUUAGGGGCAACCUGGCCUUCCUUGGGGAAGACGAGCUCUUUCUCCCCGUCUCGGCCAACAGGCUCCGACCACUUAGCAAGACUGUCCGCCCACCCCCUUCUUUUAGGGGACUCCUCCCACCCCCCACAACCUGUUUGUGCACCAGACUUGUAACGUUAGUUUGCAGCCGUACAAUCCGCCAGCCCAUCGGGGUUGGCUCAGGGUUGCUUUCUAAUUUUGUAAUUUUUUUAUUUUAAUUUUUUUUUUAAUGGAAUUAUGAUGUGGGACUUCUCAUGGCGAUUGCCGCCAGGUCCACGGGGCCCUCGUGGCCAGUCAGAGAACAAUUAAUUCACCAGGCAAUAACUGCAGAUCAUCUCUGAAGUCAAGGGGGGUGGAACGUGAGGUUGAGGAGGAGGUCUUUUCUCGUGGUGGCAUUUGGGGGGGUGGGAGGGGUUAGGGUUGAAUAAGCACUGAUCUAGGCUGCAACGGUGCCUCUCGCCUGACGGGGGCGCACCAGCCAGCACAAUGGUUAACUGUGAACUUUCUGAAAGCUGUGACACAACCCCAACCCAGACCUCGUCCUGCCCCCCCAGAACCCUGCCUGGUCCUCUCUUCCAACUCUCUCGUUCUCUUUGGCCUCUUCCUGGGUGACUCGCUCCCAGCGGUGCUAUCCAUCUCUCAUUUUCUGUUCCCACUGCCCUCCUUCCAGACCUUGAGCUAAGCCUGCUCCGUAUCCGGAAGCUGGAAAGGGCUGUGGAGUGGGGUGGGGUCCUUCUCUCCUGCUGUCUCUAGAUAUCCCUUAUUCGGACAUUCCGUUGUUCGCACCUGUCUGUGCACAGGUGCGUGUUUUUGUGUGAACGGCUGUGUGGGCGUCCGUUCUCAAGAGCAAACCCAGGCCCAGCUCUUCACUAGUGCAACUUAUGAUUUGGAAAUGCUUCCGAUCCGGACAGAGUGUCUGGAUCGUACAUGCAAACGGAGCACAGAUGGUGUGCACAUUGACCAUAAUGUAUGAAUAGGGGUGUCGGUCCUGUAAAUAUUUUCCAGAACCUGCCUCCUUUUUCCUCCUCCUUCUGGGACCAAUGUUAAGGGAGGGGAAAGGGGGCAUCAGUUGUCCACCCGUCUGUCUGUCCGUCCAUCCCCCGAGCCUCCUGCCCGUAUCGGAACUGAAUGUACAGACAAGCGCGAAGUUUCCCCUUGUGCAAUAAAACCUUGAUCUGCAGCCACA